AUGGAAAAGAGAUAUCAUCAGCUAUUUAAAGGAAAACGGAUAGACUUCCCUCUGGCGACUGGUGCAGCUUCUCACGUAUCCCUAACGUAUGAUGAAAAGAAGAACCCGUAUUUGCUAUGCUGGACGUAUAUGUAUCAGGAGAACCCAGAAUUUACAGUGCCUUUGAAAGGGUGCAGGAUAAUCAAUAACAUAACGGAGAUAGGACCAUGUAUUCAUAUAAUCACAGCAAAUGAGGAAUACCAAUUUCAGUGCCGAAGUAAGGAGGAGUUUAGUGAAAUGAGUCAAUUCUUUAACAUGCUUGGCUUCCCCAUCUUGGGUUUUAAAAAUGUAUAUGUCUUGAAUAAAAAAAUAGGAAAGGGAAGCUUUUCCACAGCAUAUAUCGGUACCAACAUCCUGUAUGGAAAUAGAGUAGUGGUGAAAGAAGUGGAUAAAUCGAAAGUGAAAGAAUCAAAUGUGUACACCGAAAUUGAGGUGCUCCGAAAGGUCAUGCAUAAAUAUAUAAUAAAGUUAAUAUCUGCAUACGAACAAGAAGGGUUCGUUUACCUAGUGUUGGAAUAUUUAAAAGGAGGGGAACUCUUUGAAUAUCUUAAUAACAAUGGCCCAUACACAGAACAGGUGGCCAGAAAAGCUAUUAAACGAAUUUUAAUAGCCUUGGAGGCCUUACACUCCAACGGAGUAGUACAUAGGGACUUAAAAAUGGAAAACUUAAUGCUGGAAAAUGUGAAUGAUCCUAGUUCAUUAAAAAUAAUCGAUUUUGGAUUAGCCUCCUUUUUGAAUAGCCCCUCUAUGAAUAUGAGGUGUGGUUCUCCCGGAUACGUUGCACCUGAAAUUUUAAAGUACGCCUCGUAUGGCACAAAAGUGGACAUUUUCAGCUUAGGGGUUAUUCUUUUCAAUAUACUAGGCAAUAACGUAAAGGAAAUUUUUAAAAAAAACAUGAGGUGUCACAUCAGCUUUAACACAAAGCAUUGGUUAACCAAGUCUGAAAAUGUCAAAGAAAUAAUUCUCUGGAUGUGCAGUAAGAAUCCGGACGAUAGAUGUACAGCCAUCCAAGCGUUAGGACAUCCUUGGUUUCUCCCUAAAAUUACGGACAUGCAUAUGAAUGCGAAUAUAAACGAACUGAAGAAUAAAGAGAAUCUUAUCCAAAAAUUGACGGAACAAGAAAUGCGCAAGAAAUGUAAACACUACAACAUUGUUGAAAAUGGCGAGGAGAAGAACAGAGCCGAGCCCGAGGCUAGAAAAAACAGCAAACAUAAUUUCAAUGAUUAUAAAAACUAUUUCGAUACUAUGCUCAAAAUUGAUGAUAAAUAUUCUGAAAACUUGAUCAAGGACAAGAGCAGCAUUGACUCGAUUACACUAAAUAGGAAGGACUACGACGCGUAUAUGACCAACUCGAAUGAGUAUGAAACGGUGGUUCUGCACGGGGGGUGCCCCGCGCGCAACCGCUCCUCCUCCAUGAUAUCGUACAACCAGUUUAAGAAGAAGAGCAACGAGUUGAUUUGA